AAUUAAUUACCAUUUAUUGUCAUUUGUUGUAAUUAUACGUAAUUGAAGUAAAUAAACAUAAAAAAAAAGAAUUUUGCAUUAGAUUGUUAUAUAAUUUAUCACGUACCUUUAACACAUUCAGCUGUCCAAUAAUUGAGAGUUUUAGAUUUAAAAUGAGUGGUCCACCGCCUCCUUGCGACUGGCAAACCACCAGAAAGCUAGUAAAAGAAAGAAGCCAGUAUCUAUUAGAAACGGAAAUGUGGAGCGAUUGUCGCUUCAUUGUUGGUGCAGAACCAAAUCAACGAAUUUUCGAAGGACACAAACUCUUUCUAGCUAUGUCAAGUCCCGUAUUCGAAGCUAUGUUUUUCGGAGGCAUGCCAGAAAAAGACCCCAUCGCUAUUUUAGACGUACAACCCGAAGCUUUUAAGGCUUUACUUGAGUAUAUUUACACGGAUAAAAUAAAUCUAACAUCGUUCGAUCAAGCUUGCGAAUUAUGUUACGGAGCUAAAAAGUACAUGCUUCCACAUUUAGUGGAGGAAUGUACUAAAUAUCUAUGGUCGGAUUUGUAUCCGAAAAACGCUUGUAGGGCGUACGAAUUUGCUAAACUCUUCGAAGAACCCAUGUUAAUGGACAAAUGUAUAAGAAUUAUAUGCAACCAAACGCAAGACGUGCUUCAGGAAAGUAGUUUCGACGAUGUGGAACUUUCUACCAUAUUAACAGUAUUCGAUCAGGACGAUUUGAAUAUAAACAGUGAAUUAGAAUUAUUUUCAGCUAUAACUCGUUACGCUAAUAAGCACAGUCACAGUUUAGGAGCUAAAGUACCUCGAUUGGACGGCGUAGCGAGUGCAACUGGCGAAACUUCUAAUACACACCCGGCGAUCAGAGAUGCUAUUAUGAAAAUACGUUUUUUAACUCUAACGCCUCAACAGUUUGCCGAAGGGCCUGGGAAAUCGAAUCUUCUAACAGAAUCCGAAAAAUUCGCUAUUUUGAUGAAUAUUUGUAGUCCCGGUUCCGCUGUUGCAAUGCCUGAAGGAUUUUCUACUUCUACUGUUAGAAGAAAAAAGAGGAUUCAACCUUAUGUAUCAGCUGGCGCUUCUACAAUGGACACUUCAUUUACAUCGAUGAUUAAAUUUAAUAAUCCAGAUUUGGAAACUAGUUCGGAAUUUUUUAAAAAAGUCUAUUGCACUCGUCAAUUAUUACAUAUAACCGAAUGUAUGAAUACCAGUGUACUAGAUUGUACAGUUACUUUUACGUGCGACAAAAAUAUUUGCAUAUUCGGUAUACAGGUUCCCGCACAAGUACCGAUUAACGAAGAUAGAGGUCCUACCGGAAACGUGUAUCCGGAAUUGUUGUACGCUCAUUUAUUAGACGCGGACGGAAGUCGUUUGACUUACACGCAUUUUACGAGCAGAGUAAAUUACAGUUCACUUAUCGAUAUAUCGUUCAACAGACCGAUAUACAUUCAAAAGAAUAAGGUUUAUAAAGUGGGCGUGGUUCUUAAUAAGAUGGGAUGCUAUCCGAUCGGAACCUAUCCCGAUCAAUCGACUGCCAACGGCGUCGUAUUCACUUUCUCUCAAAGUCAAUGCGGCGAUUCUUUGAGAGACGGAUUAGUCAGAUCGAUCGUCUUUUCCAACGGAAACAACGGAAAUUUGCUUCCUUUGGUAUUGGGCGAUCUAUCGAAAAUACAAAACUCGAUUAACGUUUUAUAAGAAAUUUAUUAAUUUUGUGAAUAAAAAGCUGGCAACAAUGCAAUCGAAA